UUUGCUCUUAACUUUCAUCCAUUCAAGCAAAGACCACAAUUCACAAGUGUUUGAUGGAUCACCAAGAUGGCCAAUUAGGAGCAAAAGAGCGAUUUCAAGCUCAAUCUUAUAUAUUAAAAAAAACAUGCAUCCAGCUUUGCAAACUCCAUGUGCCUAAACUGUGCAGUUCAGUUAGGCAUUCCGGACAUAAUUCACAACCACAAGCAACCGAUAACUCUUCCUGAAUUAGUCUCCUCGCUCCACCUGCCGCCGGAAAAAAACAACUCCAUCCACCGGCUCUUGCGCUUAUUAGUGCACUUGGGUUUUUUUGCCACAACAAAACCUAACACAAAUGAAGGCGAUCAAGAAGGGUGUGUUCUCACACCAUCGUCUAGGCUUCUCCUAAAGAGUGAAAUCACCAACUUGUCCCCAUUAGUUCGAGCAAUGGUGGAUCCGGUUCUGGUCACUCCAUGGCAGUUUUUGGGGGAUUGGUUCCUGGGCAACGAGACAAUAGCUUUUGAAACAGCACAUGAGGUUGGAAUGUGGGAGUUUUGUGACCAAAACCCGAAAUUUAACCACGCUUUCAAUGAGGCAAUGGCCAGUGACUCCAAAAUAAUGAACUUUUGUUGUUGGAGAGUGUAAGGCGCACAGUUUCCGAAGGGUCAAGUUCAUUAGUUGAUUUAGGUGGUGGCAUUGGACUAAUUGCUCGGAUCAUUUUGGAUGCGUACCCUCACAUCAAAUGCACAGUGUUUAAUCUCCCACACGUCAUCGCAAACUUG